AAAUAUCGAUCCCUUCCAUCUCCUUUCAGACACGCCAACAUGUUCAUCGCGCGAUCAGAAUAUGGUAGGUUGAUGUGACAUCUUCUCCCCGCCAACAAAUGUGGUCAAUCCAAUCUAACAUGCUUACUCUCCAAUAGACCGUGGAAUCAAGUACGGACCAUAUUAGACCUCGCUGAUCUUCCUCGUUCAAAUUCUGACAAUGAUUUCACCACAGCACCUUCUCUCCGGAAGGCCGUUUAUUCCAGGUCGAAUACUCCCUCGAAGCUAUCAAACUUGGUUCGACAGCGAUCGGUGUAUGUUCCAAUCUUCAUUCAAAGGGAUCCUAGGUACUAGCAGGUCAUUAUUCUUGGCUUUGCUGGUGCAGAGUGAAGGACAGAUUCUGACAUUGUCAUCAGGUCGCAACAUCGGAGGGUGUUAUCUUGGGCGUCGAGAAGCGUGUCACAUCCACUCUGCUUGAGGCCUCGUCCGUCGAAAAGAUCGUCAUGAUCGACCAGCAUAUUGGUUGCGCUAUGUCCGGUUUGCAGGCAGAUGCCCGGAACUUGGUCGAGCACGCCCGUGUCGAAAGCCAGAACCAUGCCUUCCACUACGCUGAGCCUCUGCGGGUAGAAAGCUGCACCCAGGCCAUUUGUGAUCUUGCCCUCCGGUUCGGAGAGACUGGUGAUGAUGAGGAAUCUGUGAUGAGUAGACCUUUUGGUGUUGCUUUGUUAAUUGCCGGUUACGAUGAGGAUGGGCCGCAGCUAUAUCACGCCGAGCCAUCGGGUACAUUCUACAGAUACGAUGCGAAAGCCAUCGGCUCCGGAAGCGAGGGUGCGCAGGCAGAGUUGCAGAACGAAUACCACCGUUCUUUGACACUGCCCGAGGCCGAGACUCUGGUUUUGAAGACCUUGAAGCAGGUUAUGGAGGAGAAGCUGGAUUCAAAGAACGUUCAGCUCGCCAGUGUCACAAAGGACAAGGGAUUCCGUAUUUAUGAUGAUGAAGAUAUGGGCAAGGCUGUGGCUCAAUUGGACAGCAAUCAAUAAACUAUGAAUGACUACACGACUGUCUGGGGAAUGGGAAUGAUCUCCGUCAAGCAUGGUACAAUUUGUCACCUUUACAAUGGAUGAAAUAGAAAAGGAUAAUGUUGGUCCUAAUGCUAUGAAUUUUCACAUAAAUUGCUUUUCAUGACCCAUGUUCAACUAUUACGGGG